UGGCGUCACGUCGGCGCACGAAGAAGGCGGGGGAAGAUGGCGGCCCCCGGAGAGUCCGGGGAGUCCGGGGAGGCGGCGGCGUUCGCGCGGCGCAUCGACCCGGCCCGGGAGCCGGGGCUCAGCCCCGAGCAGCGCCGCCUCAUGGCGCAGGUGGAGCACGCCCAGCGCCAGCGCGCCCUGCAGCGCCGGCUCCGCAGCCGCAACGUGCUGCUGGCGCUCGGCAUCGGCGCGGUGACGUUUGGCAUCUACGGUUACACCUUCUAUUCGGUGUCGCAGGAGCGGUUCCUGGACGAGCUGGAGCAGGAGGCGGAGGCGGCGCGGGCGCGGGCCCGGGCCCGAGCCGAGGGCGCCGCAAGCUGAGCGGGGAGCGCCCGGCCCGGCCCGGCCCGGCCCGUGACUGAGCUGCCGCCCUCGCCUGGCAGGAUGGGCUUCUGGCACGGGGCAGCCGCGCCUGAGGGGUUCGGGCCUGCCCCCUGCUCUGCGUCGGCCGGAGAAGGCCCCGGGGGCUCUCCGCAGGCAGGGCCCCCCCGCGGGCAGACCCCGCCCUGGGGCCUCUGCCGGGGCCGUGCCCAUGGGAGGGACAGGGACACCCGGCUCCCGCCACUCCCCACAAUAAAUCCUCUCACUGGAGACCGA